CUGAAUUCACUAAUUCCCUGGACGAAUGCAGCACAGGCAGCAGCAUGAUGCGUCAUGGCGGUUAUGGUCCCCCCCGCCUCUUGUCAGUCUUCCUCCUCCUUCUGCUGAGUGCCUGGGACUGUACGACUGGCUCCUCUCACUGUACGUUGAACCAAGCAACGGGCGUGACGAGCUGGCGGGGGCUGCGAAAGGCAGCGUUGAAGUGCCCCCCCCAGAUGGAAGCGCGUUUUUGGAUCUGACGUGGGCAUUGGACGGACAAAAUGCACUCUGGCAGACGGGGCUCGCCAGCGAGUUUGCCCAGUUUCGGGAGCGGCUGUCAUGCUUGUGCUCGGGCGCUGAGUCAGCGGAGACCGCAUGCCAGGCGGGGGUUUGUACCAGCCCGCAGUGCGCCUGCGGCCCCUUUUCCCCAACCGCUUGGCCACCCCCCCCCUCCCACCCCUUAGAAAGUUUCCCCCCACAGCAAUCUGAACCAUUUUUAUCGCGAGCCGAAUCCUGGUCGUUCAUUCUCGGCACGAGCACGGCCGCGACCGUCAAUCUGUUCAAAAGCGUCGGGGGCACUUCACACCAGAGUCUAUUCAACUGGGGAACAGGGUCUGGUGUGACCAGCCUCGGGGCGGAAGCCUGCAGUUGCGGGGACCGAUACACGCCCGCUUGUCGGAGUUGUAACGCAAAGGGGGGGCGGGUUGCAGGGCCGAACGUCCCCCCUGGAAGAUCGGGAAGGGACACUUUGCUGAUUAGGUCUUCCUACGCCAGGGUCAGGAGGCUCCGAUUACAAAAGGGGGGGUUAGCGCUAACCCGGCUUGGUUCAAACCCAAGCGAAAAAAGAGGAAACCCGGGGUUAUACCUUUCAGAAGCUCCGGUUCCACGCUUUGCUCCUUCCUCAGAGGAUGCCAUCCGAUCGCUCUUUUCGGACGUUCACUUAUGGGAGUCUGCUGUCGAACCCGAACCUCAUCUUAAUUUCCUUUUCGAAUCCUACGGCGGGCCUGAAUCUGCGGUCAAGCUCCUCGACCGCUCGGUUAGCGCUCACCCGGGGGAUCCCUCUCUGUGGAACGACCUGGGUAAUGCGCACCGGGCGAUGGGAAGCGCGGGCCUCGCGGCGGAGUGUUUUAGAAUCGGGCUCGAGUUGCAACCCCACCCGGACCUGUUUCUAAACCUGGGGAGCGUCGUGUUUCGGGCGGGGCGGUCAAACGAGGCGCGGGAGCUUUUUGAGGCGGGGCUGCGGCUGAACGGGAGGCACGCGUUGCUAAUGUUUGCUGUGGCGAGCACGCAUGCUGUGCUGGGGCGACUGGACGACGCCGCCCAAUGGUUCGAGCGGCUCUUGGCAUUGCACCCCGGCUUCGCCGAGGCGGCGCUGCAGCACCGUUCGAUCCGAAAUCGGCGGCUGAGAUCGUCACCGAAGUUCCUGGGCUUUCUCCUCGUGUUGGGGGCGGCCGUGCUGCUCAUUGGAUAUGCGGGCCUCCGAAUCAUCCGCGUGUCGAUACCUAAGCGCCACGUGGCAGUUCGGCGGUCGCCCCCUUCUCCAACCGGAUCCAAAAAGAAGAAGCGGCUCUGAACGUGCUGUUUUACAUUACUCAUGCGACGGGCUGAUAUUUUCCAACGACGGGCCAUAAAGUUAUGGCCCUUGGCGUGACUCGUUGCAAGGGCACUGCGCAAACACCGAUAAUAGGACGUACACUGUACAGUGCCAUGCACAGUAUGCAAUGAUGAGCUGCCGCCGCCCCUGAAGUGGAUUGGCAGCAUCGUAAAACGGUUGCUGCAGUGUAGCUUGGCAAAUUACCGCAUUCUGAGGUGAGAAAACUGCAAGCUACAUAAGUCCCUUCAGGAUGAUUGUACUACUCGCUGUUUGAAUCAGUCCGUUGACCGAUUUGCGGGUGAGGCCGGCAUGCACGUA